ACACGGGUCUGCCGUGAAGGGGCGUGGCUCGGGGCGUGUCCCGGGGGUGGCGAUGGCGGCGUAGCGCGCGCCGCUCAGCCCGGUGCCAGCCAUGAAGCUCAUCAUCCUGGAGACGUACGCGCAGGCCAGCGAGUGGGCGGCCAAGUACAUCCGCAACCGCAUCGUCACCUUCGGGCCCGGCCCCGGGCGCUUCUUCACGCUGGGACUGCCCACGGGCAGCACACCGCUGGGAUGCUACCAGAAGCUGGUGGAGUACUGCCGGAAUGGGGACCUCUCCUUCAAGUACGUGAAAACCUUCAACAUGGACGAGUACGUGGGUCUCCCAAGGGAUCACCCGGAAAGUUACCACUCCUUCAUGUGGAAUAACUUUUUUAAGCAUAUUGACAUCUCACCAGAGAACGUUCACAUUUUGGAUGGAAAUGCACCUGACCUACAGGCGGAAUGUGAUGCAUUUGAGGCUAAAAUCAAAGCAGCCGGAGGAAUCGAGCUCUUUGUUGGAGGUAUUGGCCCAGACGGCCACAUUGCCUUCAACGAGCCUGGAUCAAGUUUGGUAUCCAGGACACGAGUGAAGACCUUGGCUAUGGACACUAUCCUGGCUAAUGCCAGGUUCUUUGACGGUGACCUCUCCAAAGUCCCCACAAUGGCUUUGACGGUCGGAGUAGGCACUGUCAUGGAUGCCAGAGAGGUCAUGAUUCUUAUCACAGGCGCCCACAAAGCCUUUGCUCUGUACAAAGCCAUCGAGGAAGGCAUCAACCACAUGUGGACAGUGUCUGCUUUCCAGCAGCACCCCAACACGGUGUUUGUGUGUGAUGAGGACGCCACGCUGGAGCUCAAGGUGAAGACAGUGAAAUACUUCAAAGGUUUAAUGCUGGUUCACAACAAGCUUGUGGAUCCCUUAUACAGCAUGAAGGAGAUGGGAGCAGGAAGAAGUCAGUCCAAGAAGCCAUACAGCGAUUAAUCUCACCGUUUGUGUUCAUGCUGAAGCAGCUUUUCUGUGGGAAACUGGCUGCAAAGAAAGGGAAUCGCUGCAGAAACUGAUCUCGUAUUUGUUCUUAAAUUAGCAAAAUGAUUAUGUGCUUGCUUCUCUCUCUUAAAGAGACAGAUGCAGCACCUGCCUUAAUUAACCAAAUGAGGAUGGUAUCCAGAAUACUGUGUUCCACAAACUUCUGCCAGUAGCUUGUUCUGUGAAGGUAAAGCUAAUGCAGAACAAGUUGUUUAAUCUUUGAAGCAACUGUAAUCAUGGGCACUGAAGGCCCCAGAACCUAAAUGUGAAGAUGAUGUACAAAAGUUGUUGUGUAUGCUGCUGCAGACACCAAGCAGCUGAUUGCUUUGGGGUGUAGUCCUCGGGUGCUGCUCCCCCUCCACUGUACCCCAACAUCGCACUCAUUAAAACGGGGACUGAGCUUGCUCAGCCUGGAGAAGGGAAAGCUUCAGUGUGCCCUCAUAGCGGCAAACUUCAAGACUGCAAUGAGGCCAUCAAGGAGAUGAAGGCAGACUCUCCGGGCUUUGUGCGACGGGAAGAUGAGACAACAGGGCUUCCGUUGAUGCUCAGGCUGGGUACGAGGGACAACCUUCCCUGGGAGGAGAGCUGAGCAGCGGGGCAGGUUCGCCAGGGGGGCUGUGCAGCCUCUGGCCCUCAGAGGUUUUCAGGUCCUGACUGGACAAAGCCAUGUGAACCCCGCCCUGAGCUGGACAUUGGACUUUAGACCAUCUCAGCAAAAAGGAGGCUACAGGCAGCGUUCAGCAGUGCUGUGUUAAUAACACAGUGAGUUCAGGCAGCUCAUUUUAGUUAUUGUUGCCCAAGAAGCCUCAGGUGUUGUUUCAGGGUGUAAUUCUGUGUGCCCAGGUGCUACAGGACAGGAGAUCUGUUCAGCUGAAGCAGAAGUGACCUCUCUGUGCUGCUCAGCGCUCUGUCAGCACAGAGCCUGGAGCAGGAAGUUCUUGCUCCCCUUCCCGCAUGUUACAUUGCUACAAGGAAAUGUCAAAUGAGGCUCAAGGAAACACUGUUCCCACUGGCCUCAGCCUGUUUCUAAGCACAGAAGUCCCACGCAGGCGGGCAGCAGCCUGGGCUGGCAAGAGCCUUCCACUGCUGAAACUCUGUUCCGGGGUUCCCUAUUGAAUCCCAUCAAGGGGCAAAGGCAAACCAGGCAGCAUUUAUUUUCUUUAUGCAGAAAUUCUGUAACUGUUGAUCUGUAAGGUAACUUUCUACAGUAAAGGUCUUAAUUUCUUCUGA